AACAGGAGGCGUGACGUUUCUCGUAGUCUUUGCUGUUUCUUCCUGCUCUGACGCUGGACUGUGGUCUUUAUGAAACUAAAACAACGACGAUGACAAGGCCGCUACUUCUGUACAAGUGCUCGCAUAGGGGAGUUGUAGAAAAUCUUAAAAACACAUAUUAGAGCAGAUAACCGCGUUGGUAGUGAGGUGUCAAAACGAUACAUCCCCGCCUGAAGUAGUCAGCCGCGGCAUGUCGCUGAGCUCAGGCGGGUGGACUCACACACCUCCGCCACCGGCCCAGCCUCAUCUCGGCCAUGAGGCCUCGCAGUCGGGUUGCAACACUGUUUUGAUGUCGGUAAAGGUGUCAGUAUGUCACUCUGGCAUACGACCACUUUGUCUCCCGGGCGCUGGAAACGAAUCUCUCCGUCUUCAGCUGAGCAUGGACCCGGGGAAGGCAGGGGAAUUCCGCCUCGCGUUACGGGACAUCAGCGGAUCAGCUGCUGGACGUAGUGUGUCCAUUGCUGAGUUUGACCUCAAGACUGUUCGCUAUGAAGUCAAGUCACCACAGUGCCAUGAACUGAGUUUGGCUGCACCUCCACACGAUAAGAUUACAUUCAACUUCCGCUGUGAACAGGAAGCACAAGAAUGGGCCACUGUGGUAAUGUCAUCACUCCGCGAAGCUCAUAGAGUGGCGAUUAGCGCCCCUCCUGAGGAUGGACAAGUGCUUCCUCAGCCUCUGGAUUCAAAGAGCACUGCACCCGUGCGACGUACAGAGGAGAUAUGUGCAGAGCUGGUUAGUGCUAUAGAGGCGGGUGAUGUUCGGGCAGCAUCCGUUUAUGCAUCGUCCUUGGCUAAACAAAAAGCUGCUUUGUGCAUUAAACCCUCUAAACAAAAUUACACAGACAUAGAAAUUGGCCUGGCUGUAGUUGUGGAGGACGCUUCCUCUUCCUGUUGUGUCACAGUGAAAGUCUUCCCUCACUCCACCAUUGGUGCUCUCAAACAGCAAGUCUUCACAGAUUAUGGUUUUCAUCCACGUGUGCAACGUUGGGUCAUCGGUCAGGCCUUGUGCUCUGAUCAUCGAACCCUGGCAUCUUAUGGAGUUCAGCGAGAUGGUGAAACUGCGUUCCUUUAUUUGAUUUCUGCCAGUCAGGCUCGUCUCAGUCGAGGAAUAUACCAACAAGAUCAAGAGACUGCUUUACUCAUGCCAACAUCUAACCAGGGCUACCAUGAACCUCCUACCAAUGGGCCAACAGCUCUGAAUGCAGCAUCAAGGCCAUACAGCACCCUGCCCACAAGACUGCACAACAGCCAUAAUAGCAACCAUGCUGGUGGGACAGAGAGGUUGGGUUUGGGUGAAAUCCGUGACCUGAUCAACCUUGAGAUGCCACAGCUGAAAGAAGCAAUGGGGCCCAACCGAACAAAUACACAGUUGGGAUGGGCCUGCCCGAGCUGUACAUACAUUAAUAAACCAACACGACCAGGCUGUGAAAUGUGUAGCGCAGACAGACCUGAAAGCUACACUGUUCCCGGUAACUACAGACCAGAUGCUCUGGAGCUACGACGAAUUCAGCAAGAAAAAGAAGCAAUCAGACAGUACCAACAGGCCAGAGAAGCAGAGCGAAGAGAGAACUUUGCCCGUCUGGUACAAAUUGAUGGACAGGAUCUGGUUCCUAACCCAGAGAGAGUGGAGUGCAGGAUCUGCUAUGUGGAGCUUGAAUCUGGAGAAGGAGUCCUGCUCCGAGAAUGUCUUCACUGUUUCUGCAAAGAGUGUCUGCGCUCUGUGAUUCUGAUGUCUGAGGAUCCUCAGGUGGCUUGCCCAUACAGAGACGAUGCUUAUGCUUGUGACUGCAUCCUGCAAGAGAGAGAAAUCAGAGCUCUGGUAUCAGUAGAAGAUUAUGAGCGCUGGCUCCAGAGAGGUCUGUCUGUGGCAGAGUCUCGAUGUGAGGGAAGUUAUCACUGUGCAACUGCUGACUGUCCGGGCUGGUGUGUUUAUGAAGAUACUGUCAACUCUUUCCAUUGCCCAGUCUGCAAAAAGCACAACUGCCUGCUCUGCAAGGCCAUUCAUGAAGGAAUGAACUGUAAGCAGUAUCAGGACGACAUAGCAGCCCGUGCCAUCAAUGACUCUGCAGCUCGAAGAACCAGAGACUUGCUAAAGACUCUUGUUAACUCUGGAGAGGCGAUGCAUUGUCCCCAAUGUGGCAUCAUUGUGCAGAAGAAGGAGGGCUGUGAUUGGCUCCGAUGUACUGUCUGCCACACUGAGAUCUGCUGGGUCACCAGAGGGCCACGCUGGGGACCUAAAGGUCCUGGAGACACAAGUGGAGGCUGCCGCUGUAAUGUUAACAAACAGAGAUGCCACCCAAAAUGCCAGAAUUGUCAUUAAGCGAGGGAGAGAGAGAGAGACAGGAAGAAGAACAAAGGGCAAGAAUACAGAACGAAAGACAGGCAAAAGGAGGUGAGAGAAACAGAUAUCCUGGGAUACUUUAUGACACCAUGAAAACUGUUGACAUAAGACAUAAUAGAGUCAUAUAACUACUAGUUUCCACCAGAAUCUUCAGUUUCUGACACUCUUAAGUAAGUUAAGAGCACAGCUUCAAUGUAUUCUAGGAUUUCUGAGCAGCAAUGUGUAGUUCUGUAGUAUAACAAAUGUAGGAGUGGUGCUAUUUAUGUCAUUAGGUAAUUAAACAAAUGUAGGCACCAAGGGGGCAUCCAGAUUAAAACUAACAUGGACCCCUUCUAUUGGACAACUACGGUACUUUAGUCCAGUCCUCAUGCUAAUGUGUAGCUUUCUACUGCAAUUAUUUUAAUGGUCACAGAAAUGCUUUAAAUUCUUCUGAACUUUAUGUUAAUCAAAUAUUACUUCAUGAGCAGCUGAAUCUUUAAAAAUAGUUUAUUUAGGAUCAGCUGACAAGCGUUACGUUUGAGUUUGUGGUUGCCAAGCAUCAAUGUGUUUAUACAGCUACUACAAAAUGAAAAGCAUUCAUUGUAAGUGUUGCAACUUUAUUUUAAAGAAUUGUUCAACCCCCUUUAUAAUUUACUCACCCUCAUGCUAUCACAUAUUUGUAUGACUGACUUUCUUCAGCUAAGUAUCUCAUUAAUAGCUGUUAGGACUUUUCGUCAUGAGGGUAAGGAAAUUAUGAGAACUGUCAUUUUUGGGUGAACUGUUCCUUUAAGGUAAGAUCUGAUGUCAAUUUUCUAAAGAAUCAAUCUUUUGAACGGGUCCUCGCUGGGGGUUUUUCCGAACCAAAAGCGACAUUGUUACAAACAGUAUUAUUUAAAGGCGGAGUGCACAAUAUCUGAAAAACUCUUUGGAAAAGAGAGUCAGGCUGACUACCAAAACACACUUGUAGCCAAUCAGCAGUAAGGGGGGUGUCUACUAACUGACAUCAUUGCCUGGGUUGCAUAUGUGUGGGGCGGGUCUAUCAACAGAAGGUCCAGAUUCUAUUGGGGUAGGGGCGUGUUUGUUUAGGUUUUUUCAAAUGUCAACAUUGGCUUUCAGAGAUCAUGCCUUCAAUAAAAAAUGUGUUUUAUUACAAAAUUGAGCAUAAAACCUCACGUGAAAUUUUAAAUAGGGCUGAUUCUGAAACCUUUUUUUGUGAACCGAUUCAUUGAACUGAAAUUCGCCAAAACCAGAAUGAUCCCAGCAUGACACAAAAUAAAGCCAAAGGUAAUCUGAGGCUGCAUAUGAUAGUUUAAAGCAAGGGAGAGUCUUAAUGCACUUAGACAAAUACUCAUGUAUUAGACUUGUCUUACUGUUAAAAGCUAUAUAACACUGUUACUGUAAAAGUGCCUUUUCUUGACUUCUGUGAUUUUACCACUAACAUUAGCAUUAGUGGAGUGUUAUUAUGUUUUUAUUCAUAUAUGUUGCUGUUGUUUUAGAUGCAUGUGAUCCUGAAUAACUUACUGUACUGUCCAGUGCUUCCCUCAACCUUUCUUAAGAACCACAUUUUGCACUUUUGUUCAGUAUGACUAACACAUGUCAGUACAUUAGUGCUUUAAAAUUGUAUUAAUUUGUUGUAUGUGUUGAUUUGCAGCCUAGACAUUUUUGUAUUGUUGAUUAAUGUUACAUUUGUAAUGCUAUAAUUUAAUGGUCAGGGGCCUGAGGGUUGUGUGUUCGUUCUGGAAGACUGUUAUAAACCAAAAGAUUAUUUUCACAGGCUUUAAAUCUAUGCACUGUUUUAAAUAUCAUCACCCAAAGAAUUGACUUAUGCCAUUGAAAAGAAAAUAUUUGAAGAAUGGUAUUUUUGCUAUGUUACACAGAAGACAUUAUUUGUGUAAAGGUGUGUAAUUUUACCUUUGUAUUUUUGGGAUUAUAGAGUUUUUUGUGUGUAUGUUGUUACUGAGAAUGCAGUGAGAUAUCAGGUGUUAAUUGCACAGGUCACAAGUUUAGACUGAUAUUACCUUCACAAUUAUUUAAAUACAUGCACUAUAAAGCUCACGAAGUAGAGAGUAGGCUACCUGCGUUUUCAUUUAAAAGGGAAAUGAAUACAAAAUGUAAAGGUCCCUGCGCCUGCAGAAAUCUUACUAGAAUAAUCUGACCUCAGGGUUACAAGUCUUAAGUGUGCCUUUCAGAUUUCACUAUAGAGUACAGUUUGUUUAAAUAUUUAAAACAGCUAAAAUAUUCUGUGUAUUAAAGAUCUGUACUAAUUUUA